AUGACAAGCGAGGCUGAUAAAAUGGAUACAACGGAUCCUGUGGAACGCCUUGAUUUGAAUCUCGACAAAAGUUUGCUCGACCCAAAGUUCGAAGGAUACAAAGUGACGAUGGAUAACCCUAAGGUCGAAGGAAAGAAAUUUUCCGUCAAAGGUAUGUAGGUAAAAUGUUUUCCUGAUAAUAGAACCUUCUUUUGCAGGAGCCACCGUCCAACGCUCUCCUGAAUUGUUCUCUCUUCAGCAUAUGAAACUCUUUGGAGAGUCGAAUCUCCUUUUCGUUAACGACUUCCAGACAGGAGAAAACGUACACCUGUACCGGUUCACAUCGACUGGAUUCAUCGAGGAGAUGAUAUACAACAAACCAGUAAAUUUUCGAAAAUGAAAGCCGUUCUAUAAUUUAUUUUCAGACGGAGAAUUGGUCUUUUUCCAACGUCGCGAGGUUUGAGCUGCCCAACGCAGGAGCCUACCCUCCUUCCAUCAUUUUCACAAACGACAAUUUUGCGGUUGUCUGCAAUGGACUAGAUCUGAUUACUGUUUUUCACAUUGAGCUCGUCAAUGACUCCUGGACGGUUAAUCCAGCCUCCAAAGCAUCUUGAGUAAUUUUUGUUGCUCCAGAAGCUUCUAGAGCAUCGUCCAUGUGAGGAGAAAGGCAUCAGUCUGGUCGAAGCGCGGUACGUAGCGGGAUCUCUUCAAGUGAUCCUCCAUCGAGUGGAAGAAAGGACCAAGGAAAACAAGAAGACCGACUUGUUCCGCAGCAAAAUCUACUGGCUGACUAUUGCUGUUGGAGGUUUUUUUUUUCUACUUUUUCCUUCUCAAUUCACAUAGAAUCUUUUUAGAAAACGCUCUCUCUGACCGUGUGACCAUUGAACGCGUCCGUGAAAUCACUCAAGAAGGACAUUAUGAGGUUUUUCUUGUCUUAAAAUCAACUACUUUUAUGAAAAAUCUUUUUUAGGCUUGUACGCUUGAUAAUUUCGGGCGACUGGUUAUUCUCGGAACGAAAACGCCGUUCAUCUCCUCGGAUGAUUCUGGAAUCAUUACCCAAUCCGAUGCAAAAACUAGUAUGUUUUCAUGGUUUUCUUUUAGACUGGCUGAGAAUUUAUUUGAUCGAGUUUCUUCAAUGGAUACAUUUUGAAAUAAUUUUUAAUUCACAAAGUUGACAGAAUUUUGUAAACUUGCUUCUAUUUUUUUCUUCUUUGACCGUUAUGCUAAAAACCGUCUAGAGAUAGUUCUUAAGCGAAAAUUAGCGACGUUUCAAAAAUUAUACUGCUAAACUGGAUAAAGAAAUAUUGCGGAGAAAAUGGAAAGAAACAGAAAAAUUUUCCUAGCAAAAUCUUCGACCCCACGGCGAUUUUGGAGCCAGAAAGACGACGAUUUGACGGUUAUGUUCACUUUCGAUUUCCCCGUCAACAAAGAAGACGUCAGCGUUCAGGUGGCAAAGGUUCAGAAGAAAAUCAUACACGGGAAAAAUUGCAGUUGAGCAGCCACUCGAUAUUUCUGACAGUGAAGGGCGAGGUUUUGCUCGACGGAACUCUCGGAGGAACCAUCGAUCCUACGGAUUUUGUCGACACCGUCCAAGGAAACCAGUUCGUAGACAGAUUCACGAUUUUCUUCCCAAGAAGGGUCUCGGCACGAUAAAAAUAGAAAGAUUGUCUGAUUGGCGAAGUGCGCAGGCUUGCCCUUUCGCAUCCUGUUAGCCGUGAAUAAUUUAAAAAACCUGAUCUUUCAUUUUCUAAAAAAAACUUCGUUUUGAAAUAACUUUCCAGAAAAGAAAGUAGAAAUCAUAAAAGCCCAUAGGGCAUUUUUCUCUACUGAAAUAUCCUAGAAAAUCUGAAAAUUCUUUUCGUUUGCUGUAUAAUGCUUUUCGAAGCAGAUAAGUUAUUAAAAAUAAGCGAAUAGAUUAUUCCUCAAUUUAAUUUUGGACAACUAAUGAGAUCUUCAUUUUUCUUCUGCAGUUUUCUCAUGUUCUUUUUUUUCUUCGCUCAUCCUUAAUAUAAUAUUUCCUAGGCUGCUCCUGAGACUUCGUACAACGAAUAAAGAUAAUUGGGUUGUGUUGAUGGAGGGCGAUCAACAGCACGUUGAACAGCCGAACUCAGAAACCACCAAAAAGGUUUGUUUCGAUAGUUUUGGUUUUGAGAAAAUUCAUUAACUGGAUUUUUCAGGCUUUUGCGGAAAUGGAAAAAGACGAACUUGUGGUUGGAGCCGAGCAAAUGGAAGAAUGUGACGAAUCCGAGCUGAUGCUCACCUUCUACUGGUUCGACGGCGACAAACAGGCUGUCGUCAAGGAGGUUUGGAAAUAGCGAUUUUUGAGAUUUUUGCCUUGAAAUAGAUAUUCUUUGAAAUUUAUUAGGCAAAAAAGUCUGUAAAACCCUCUUUAUCUUCUCCACAUAAGUUUGGGCCCAUCUGAAAUUUCCUGAACAAUUUCAUGGUAUAAUUGAGAAUAGGCGCCUCAGAAGAGGCAUUUUUCAAUUUUAUAUUAGUUCGGAGCGACAUUUUUCGAAUGGUCUAUAAUACAUAUCCAGAAUUAUCAGGUUAUGCUUUAAAAAAUGAUGGAUUUAAAAAACCAAGAGCUAAUCUUUGAAGGACUUUUAGAGUUUCCAAUCAUUCUAUGUUUAGUAUUUCCGAAAAAUCGGUAUCAAAAUUUUGUCAAUCUCAGUGUGAUGCGUCUUGUCGACAAAUUCUGUUCACGAGUCACUCUGGAAACGCGCCCGCCCGCAUUUGCUUGCGUCACGACGUCGACGGAGUCGUCUGGAACUUCAACGACCAGACGCCGUAUCACGAGGCGACGCUCCACGCCUUCGGCUAUGUCCAGGUCUCCUCGUCCUUCUCCCUGCCUCGGAAAAGAGAUAAAUGGUUCAGGCUUCGAAAACGAUGCGAGUUUGGUGUGGCGCCGCGCCAAACAGUUCCUACGCAUGUAUCGUCGAAGCGAACAACCACGCGUUGCUCUAUUGGCAGAGGAAAGCCGUCGGAAACGGUGAGAGUGUUAUUUUUUCAAGAAAAAUAAUUUCUUUGAAUAUUCUUUCAUCCUAUAUUCAUUCUCAGACAAGAAAGGGAAUUUUUAAUUUUCCUAAAAAUUAGCCAGAACACCUGCAUAACUCUUUAGUUUUUGUAGAAAAUGCGCCUCAAAGUCAAAGAAAACUCUUAAAACUCGCUUAAAUAGAUUUUUUUCUUCAAGUUCUUAUUAAAGAAAGAAGGCAACAAUUUUUUUAAUCUUUUUUUCCUAACCUUUCGAAAAAAAAAUUUUAAAGAUAAAAAUUACACCUUCUGAACCAAAUUUGGAAGAAAAAUUUGGUUUUUUUAGAGAAAAAAAUUAUUAUGAAAAAGUGAAUUUUUUUCUAUUGAAAGUUUUUUUCAUUAAUACGAAAAUUUACCGCUCGGUCUGUAACAUUCUGAAUAAAAAAUUGUUUUUUCUCUUUAGAGCUGUUCAACCGGAAGACCUCGUCGCAAGUGACGCACAUCUCGCAGCAGCAGGUUCUGCACGUCCGCGUCGACGGCGACGUCCACGGCGAAGACGCUAUCAUCGGCGUCUUCGCGGCCAACGACGCUUUGUUCUUCCUGACGCCUUCUGAAGUUUUGGUCGCUCGCUUCCAGGUUGAUUAG